AUGCGGAGAGAGAGACGACGUUUCAUAAGUUUCAAUCACCGCUACGCUGCGCCGACACAUUUGAAGCCACGCGAAAGCGUGUCUGGUUACGAACGGACAAAUGCCUCGCGUCGAGAGGCUGCAUCGAUCACAGAAGUGCUCAGCAGCAUUCGCUGGGAAACCAAAGGGGAAGCUUUAUCAAGGAAAGCAGUCGCAAAGUUCAUCGAUCGAUCAAAGGGACGACACACGCACAAAGUACGCAGAAGGAGUUUGCGACCCGAAAGACGGCAGACGGCACGUCCGUUGGCAGUGCUUGACAAGCUCGGAGAUGACAGCGGGACCGGUGGGAAAAUUCAUCGAGACACAAAGGAACCAAAGCGACGGAAAUUUCGGAGUGGAAAUGCGCCAAGUUGGCCAAGCACCGCGUCUGGCGACUCCCAUGCAGGAUGGUCCCCCGAACGCGUGCGCUGUCACGCAGCCACCCGAUAUGCCCUCCGUGCUUAA